AUGGCUCACCUUGUCGAGCAUGUCACAGUUCUAGUCUCCAGUCGGCUAUGGCCUCUCACGUCCCCCGAGUACGACGAGUUGCUCGAAGACCCCGUCCCGCAGUCCGAGUACUGUACCGAGCGCUUCACCCCACACUAUCUCGAUGACUUCCGUACGCACGCGAUCCAGUACUGCGCCACGGGCUCGGCCGCCCUGCACUGUUUCCAAGGCCAGAGUCGCCCCAACGGUGAGAUCGACUCGAUCUGUAUUGGACAAAGCGCCACGCUGGACGUGGGCCGCAAGCAGUUUGCGCUGGAUUGUGAACUGCGGGACCCUAACACGACCGAAACGGACCGCGGCUUAAUACCGUUUGACGAAAUCCGGGGCGAGUGGUACGACAGCGGCCCUCGCUUUACUUUCGACCAUUUCAUCCACAUCGGACGCGACUCGUCAAGCGCACCAGCACCAACGACGCCGCCGUCCGCGCCCCACAACACUCUCAAGUUCGCUCUGCUCGCCAAGCGCGAGUCCAACUCCAACAUUUGGCACUGCCUGAUGGAGAUCAUGACCAUGACUAUGAGUUUCGACCUGCUACGUACCACCGCUGACCCGUCACGCGAAGGCGGCCCUUUUUUUGACGACAGAGAGGACGUCCCAAACACCGAGGUCAUCGUGGUCGACGACCUCACAGACGGCCUCCUGCUGGAUCUCUGGGCCCUAGUCACCGGCCGGCCACCCAUCCGCCUGAAGGAUAUUCUCGAGGACAAGGAGAAGGCCCAGACCUUUGCCGAAGUCCCGCGCAGCAUCAUCGUCCCAAUCGCCGGCGCUGCCAACCCAAUCUGGCAAAACGACUGGGACAACCACGACUGCGGGCAUGCGCCGAUGCUCCGGGCAUUCUCCCACCGCGUCCUGGGCUUCUACGGGAUCCCGACUCCAGCGCUGAUUCCCGAUGCCUCACACUCGUCCUCGUCGCCGGCGCCUGUCAACCUCACCUACAUCAACCGCACCGACAAGCGCAGGCUGGUGGACGACGAAGCCCUCCUGGCGGCUGUUGAGGCCAAGUAUCCGCAUGUGCGGGUCCGAUCGGUCGACUUCUCGGCUAUUUCCUUUGUGGAACAGCUCCUGCUGGUACGCGAAACGGAUAUUCUGCUGGGCGUUCACGGCGCGGGGUUCGCCCACACCAUGUUCAUGCGGAACGAUCACGGCGCCGUGGUGGAGAUCCGGCCCGCGACCAACGACUAUAGGGGGUUUCGUAACUUGUCUGUCAUGAAGGGCCUGCACUAUCUCACUGCGUACGGUGCCCAGGUCCCGGUCGGGAAGCAUCCUGGCAAGCGAGGCGCUGGGGCUGCGACACUUGCCAAGCGGGCGUCGUGGCAUUUCGAUGAUGUCAAGAUGGAGAAAGAGGAGUUCAUGAAGCUGAUGGACGAUGCUAUUGCUGCGGUAUCAUAG